GUCAGCAGUGACCCCAAAGUCACCAUGGCUGCCUUGGGCAUCACAGUUGCCCUGUUGGUAUGGAUGGCCACCCUAAUGCUUAUAUCUAUUGGGAAACAGAUCUACAGCAGCUGGAAACUGCCCCCCGGCCCUUUUCCACUGCCCAUUAUCGGGAAUCUUCUUCAGUUAGAUAUGAAGAAUGUUCCAAAGUCUUUCACCAAGCUAGCAGAGCGGUACGGGCCAGUGUUCACCUUGUACCUGGGCUCCCAGCUCACUGUGGUCCUGCAUGGCUACAAGGCGGUGAAGGAAGCUCUGCUUGACCACAAGAAUGACCUUUCUGGCAGAGGAGAAACCUUUGCAUUCCAGUUGCACAAAGACAGAGGGAUUACUUUCAACAAUGGACCAGGCUGGAAGGACACCCGAAGACUCUCCCUGACGACGCUCCGGGACUACGGCAUGGGGAAGCGUGGCGACGAAGAGCGGAUCCAGAGGGAGAUCCCCUUCCUGCUGGAGGCGCUCAGGGGCACCCAGGGCCAGCCCUUCGACCCCACCUUUCUGCUGGGGUUUGCCCCCUGCAACGUCAUCGCUGACAUCCUCUUCCGUAAGCACUUCGACUACACAGACGAGACUGGCCUGAGGAUACAGAGGCUCUUCAAUGAGAACUUCAGGCUGCUCAGCACGGGCUGGCUCCAACUUUAUAACAUUUUCCCAAGCUAUCUGCACUACCUGCCUGGAAGCCAUUGGAAAAUAUUAAGAAACGUGUCUGAAAUAAAAGAUUACACUUUGGCAAGAGUGAAGGAGCACCAGCGGUCACUCAACACCGGCUGCCUCCGGGACUUCACGGACUGCCUGCUCCUGGAGCUGCAGAAGGAAAGAUACAGUUCAGAGCCCUGGUUCACCCUGGACAAUAUUGCUGUGACUGUGGCUGACCUGUUCAUUGCGGGCACACAGACCAUCAGCAUCACUCUGAGAUAUGGGCUCCUGGUCCUCAUGAAAUAUCCAGAGGUCGAAGAGAAACUCCACAAAGAAAUCGACAGGGUGAUCGGGCCAAGCCGCAUCCCUGCCAUCAAGGACAGGCUGGAGAUGCCCUACAUGGACGCCGUGGUGCACGAGAUUCAGCGGUUCGUCGACCUCCUGCCCUCCAACCUGCCCCACAAAGCAAACCGGGACACGGUGUUCAGAGGUUACAUCAUCCCCAAGGGCACGGUUGUAAUUCCAACCCUGGACUCCCUCUUGUUUGACAAGCAAGAAUUCCCUGAUCCAGAGAAGUUUAAGCCAGAGCACUUUCUGAAUGAAAAUGGGAAGUUCAAAUAUAGUGACUAUUUUAAAGCAUUUUCUGCAGGAAAGCGGGUGUGUGUUGGAGAAGGCCUGGCUCGCAUGGAAUUGUUCCUGUUCUUGUCCGCUAUUCUGCAACACUUUAACCUGAAGUCUCUUGUUGACCCCAAGGAUAUUGACCUCAGUCCCAUGGCAGUCGGGUUUGCCAAGAUCCCACCCCAUUACAAACUCUGUCUCAUUCCCCGCUCAGGCUGAAAACCAGCCCCACCCCCGCCCCAGGCUCUCUGGGGCAAACCUGGAGUUACCCCACGCCCCCACACCCCCUCAGCACCUCCAGGAAGACCCUUUCUGCAGAGUCUCAGUGAAAGCAGUUCGCUUCACAGGGAAUAAAUUGGGCCAGAGAUGCUGCUUUCCACAGUUAUGUGCAUCAGAUGAAAUUUGUGUAAAGCUAAUUAAACAAAUUGAAACAAAC